CUUUACGAAGCAGAAAAUAAGCAUAAAAUUUUGGAGAAGGAGUUCCAGCAAUACAAAGAACAGCAAAGUAGCAAACCAGAAGUCCAGCUACAAUCAGAAAUAAAUCUUCUCACUUUAGAAAAGGUUGAACUUGAAAGAAAGUUGGAGUCAGCUACCAAGUCAAAGCUCCACUACAAACAACAAUGGACAAGGGCUUUGAAAGAACUUGCAAGGUUAAAACAGCGUGAACAAGAAAAUGCAAUGGCUCACCUUAAAAAGCAGCAACAAGAGCUAGAGCACAUGAGAUUGCGCUAUUUGGCAGCAGAAGAAAAAGAGCUGGGGAAAACAGACCGACAAGAGCUGGAGGACAUCAGAAAUGAACUUAACAGGCUAAAGCAACAAGAAGAAGAGAGAAAGCAGUUGCAAGAUGUUAGAGAUAAUUCUGCUGGUAGAGUGGAUAGUCUUCAUUCUAGAAAAUUAAAUGAGAACAUGGAUGAUUAUCUCUCUCGUCUCAUAGAAGAGAGGGAUACCCUAUUGAGAACAGGAGUAUAUAAUCAUGAAGACCAUAUUGUAAGUGAACUUGAUCGUCAAAUCAGAGAAGCUAUUGCAAAAAGGAACAUCAGUAAAUAA